AUGGAACGUGCAGGUGGUAACAAGAAGGCCAAGAAGAGCACACAAGAGUUGUCAGACGUGGGGCCAUUUCUGUCGGAGGCCGACGUGGCUUGCAUUAGCAACCGAGAGCUCAACACCCUGGCAAGAGUCACCCGCCUAGGCUUGGUCUUUUCGCGGGUGGGCUGUACCAACCCCACGGAACAAUCCCGUGGAAGAGCCACAAGCUUCUUGAAAAGCCACAUGGGUGUGGCCGAGUUGAGCGAGCCGAGUGAAUUCUUGAAGUCGGCAGGGUCAGAUAGGCAAGUGCAUAAGUGUCCAGAGAAAAGCAAAGUAGCUACCCAAGCAAGGGCUGACCUUAAACCCUUAGACCAGGGUUCCUAA